AUGGAUCGUCGUUCUAGUGGUAUUACACCAAGGGACCUGGAGUGCAUGCUAUGUGAUGAAACGGCAGAGCCCAAGACUCUGCCACUGUCGCUCCUGGAAGAAAUCACAGGUGAUUUCUCUGAUGAGCAGGAAAUUGGUAGAGGUGGAUUUGCGGUGGUUUAUAAGGGAAAGCUUGAGAACAGGACUGUGGCCGUGAAGAGGAUGUCCAAUACGUAUAUGUACGAGAAGGAGUUCCAGCGAGAAGUUGAAUGUCUCAUGAUGGUCAAGCACAAAAAUGUAGUACGGUUUCUAGGAUAUUGUGCUGACACACAAGGGAGUAUGGAGAAGUACGAUGGAAAAUUCGUCAUGGCAGAUGUACAACAAAGGUUGCUCUGCUUCGAGUAUCUUCCUAAAGGGAGUCUGCAUGAGUAUAUCACUGAUACAUCUAGCGGACUUCCGUGGAGAGACAGAUAUCGUAUUAUUGAAGGAGUUUGUCAGGGAUUACACUAUCUUCAUCAGAAAAAUAUUGUCCACUUAGAUCUAAAGCCGGCAAAUAUAUUGUUGGAUGAUAAUUUGGUGGCAAAAAUUGCUGAUUUCGGUCUAUCGAGGUGCUUUGGUGAAAUGCAAAGCCAGGUUAUUACCGAGAACAUAGCCGGAACAUUGGGAUAUUUGGCACCAGAAUUUGGUAACGGUGUAAUCACGUACCAGUUUGAUAUCUACAGUCUCGGUGUAAUAAUCAUAGAGAUACUGACUAGGUUGUUGGAAGUUGGAGUAACGUGA